AUGUCCUUGCAAUCUGUCUUGGAAGCUGAGGGCCUGCAGGCAAACAUCGUUAAGGGGGCAGUCGAUGCAGGCUGGUCUUUGAAUGCUUUCAAGCAUGUGGUGGAUACUUCGGCGGAGCUUGAACAGGCCCUACCGGAAAUCUUCGGCGAGGUUGAGCUCUCUAGGCUGCAAAAAUCCCAGAUUCGUGCGGCCUGGGCAGGCGUCUGGUCUUCCAGUGCACCUUCAGCGGCAGCAACUCCCACGGCUACCACAUCUGAUCCGAGCUCCUGGGUGGAAAGCUUCGCUCCCAAGCUCACAUCAACUAAGCUCCUAGAGAUGAAGCAGCAGUUCAAAACGGACUACACCAGUGAAAUCCUAUCCCCGAACACCAUGCCUUCUCUUCGGCUGAUCUCUCUUGCGGCUCAUCAGGAAUCAAAGAAGGAGUACCGCUGGAUCCCGUGGAAACAUCGCCUCACGGAAGAAAGCGCAGCCGAUCUUCAGAUUUCUAGGCCUCAAAAACAGCCUCGCUUGGAGGUUUUGGGGAUCUCCAACCUCCUGCUCGACGACCCCCCCACCAUCGAGGUCAACGACCACGGCAUGGGCAUCAGUGGAGUUCAACGGCUUCUUGCAGUACAUGAUGUGGCGCUAGCGAUGGUUGGUUCGGCUCAUCUCGCUCGCCUCAAGGCCUACAGCAACAAAUUCGUGCACCUGUUGUCGCAGCGUUACGACCCAUCCUCAGGUCUUCGCGCACCGAGAAUCUUGGAAGCUCAACAGGCUGACUGUAAACUAUGGCAACAGAUCUACGCCCUCGUGUCCGACAAAGGCUGGAAGCUAAACGACGCGCUCUACGAGUUCACGGAAAUUCGAGGCGAGAUGGCGAGCCUCCUCGCUUCCAAAGGCAAAUCCGAAGGCAAGGACAAGGGCCCUUCAAAGGGCAAGGGGGCCUCUAAGGGUGCUUCGGGCUCCUGGGUUAAAGAUGUAGUGAUCAAUGGUGAAACCAAGCAGCUUUGCACGCAGUGGCAAUCGGGAAAGUGUUCCCGUGGUGCCAACUGCGCUUUCAUCCACGCUUGUGCCUUUCCGAAAGGUGAUGGCACCGCUUGCAUGAGUAAGUUUCACGGGGACUCUGUCCCCCCCGCUUUGGCAGGUGGCAUCAACGCCACGCGCUUCUCUCCAGUCGAUGGAGAGCUUGCUUCAGGUACCAGCGUUGCUUCGGCUUCCGUAGAGCACAUUCAUGAUUACGAGAGUUGUUUGCAGCUUCUUCAGCGUACAUCUUGGCCAAAGCGGGGUACUGCAGACAGGGCCUUCACCUCAGCAGCCUCUGUUGAUUCUGGGUAUUGGAAUUUCGGCUGUCAAGUGAGCAAUCGAUCCGCGCUUUCCGCAGUGUCCGUAGCGUUGCCAGAAGUUUGCAAGCAGUUGAACACGUUUCUGCAACAUUUGUUUCCGGGUGAGACAUGGAUCGCGACUCUGCCAACAGUGCCAACUCGUGCAAUCUUUCAGUCAGCCUGGGAACCUUCACAGGAGGUUCGCUUUGGAUCGAAUCGGACCAAGGCCCCUGGGCAGUUCAUGAUGGUGCGGGUAGGCAUUCUCGCGCGGAUUGGAGUUCCCCCCAUGCUCAUGAUGUUCUCAAGCAUUUCAGAACCGCCAGAUGCUUGGGUAAUCAGGGAUCAUCAACCGAUCUGCUUGAAUGCAUUGCAUGCUGUUGCUUCGUUUUGUGGUGACCCGGACACUUCGCUUUUUGCAGCGCUUAAAGAUGGUGUUCCCACGGGGUAUUUGCACAACAUUCCGUCAUCAAACUGCUUUUGGCCAAAUCACAACGAGGGUGUGGAUGAUAUCCCCCUUUCGAUCCACUUGCAGAAUUGGCGAUCUGCCACAGUCGAGCCUGAAGUAACGCGCAAGCUACUCCAGGAGGAGCUUGAUCAAGGUUUCUGCUUCAAGUUCCACGGUUCCCUGGAGGAUGCGGAACAACGAUGGCCCCUCGGGGUCGCGAUAGGGAAACUUUCUGUGGUUCGGGCCCCGGGUAGGUCGGAGCGUUUGUGCUUGGAUAACAGCGUGUGCGGAACAAAUGCCAACUGUGUUGUACCAGAGAAGCAGCACAUGCCAUCGGUCAGAGAUGUCAUUCACUCGUAUCCCAUCCGCGAUCACAGACAGAUCAUCAAAGCACAAGGCACUUGGAGCCUCCGAAAGCCCGAGCCGACUUUUACCAAAACUGAGACGGUACCGGUUGACUCCAAAGGCCCCUCUGACUCGCAGGCCACCCAGGCAACCGCCAGUCCUGCGAAUGGCGAGGAGGCUGCAAAGACCGAGGAUGGCAAGACCAAAAAGCCCCAAGAUGGAGCGCAAGCUGCCAAAAAGCAGUGUCAAUCCCAAAGGGCUGUGCCGGAGACUUUGACCAUCCAGGCCAUCCCGACUGACGGGAACUGCCUGUUCGGGGCGUUUGCUGCAGGACUAGCCCUUGUCAAUGGUAAAGCCCCGCUCCAUCCCGCCCUGCUGCGUGCACAGGUUACUCAACACUACAAGAAGUACCAGCAAACGUACGAAGAACAGUGGCACGGUGAACUCCCUGAUACCACGAAAUCGAGCGAUUUCAGUGAGUACAUCACUGCCGUCGGCCGCGAUGCUUCAUGGGGCUCUACGCUCGAGAUCCGUGCUUUGGCACGCCUCUUUGACGUUAGGUAUGUGCGGAACUGCCGCCCACCAUGCGAGGAGGUGGGCCUUCUUCUGCAUCAGGAGGUGGGGACAACAGCUGCCGUACAGUCUGGACCGACGAGCCGGCUGCCUCUGUUUGCCAUUCGGUUCCAGGUGAUACGCCCAACAGGUUUCAUGCUGGCCAAGGUAACCCAGGCCCUGCUCGACGCCGUGAGCCUUAUGUCAUCCCUACUGCAGGCAAGCGAGGCAGCCUCCCAGGUCAUGCUGGACCGUGCCGUUGCAGAGCAUAUCAACAAGGUGGAUGUUCCUGCCCAGGCGGCUGCGAGUUUUGCACGGGCCUGGAAGAAGCACGGCUGGCAUGUUUUUCUCUCGCGGUCCGAGCCGCGGCACCUGCUGCUUGUUGCUGCCUAUGGCUUCCCAGGGGAUCUUUGCAGUACCAACAUAAUGCUUGAGGAGUUGUCUACGGCUUUCCGAAUUUUUGGUGGCUCUUUUGCUAUGUUUGGCGACAUGAAUCAGGUGGCCGAGGAAGGCUCUCUCGCCCGGCUUGCAAUGGGCGGUGCCCUCAGACUUUUGGAUGAUGCCCGCCCCACACAACUCCGCCCCACCAACCCAACCCGCACUAGGCGAAUUGACUUCGGUGUUGCUGAUGCCUCUGUUUUUGCCACCGAGUUGUGGCACGCGGAUGGUCUGUGCGAUCAUGUUUCGGUUGGGUACCAACUUGAUCUUCAUAGCCACUUUGAGGGUUUUACUCUGCCGCGACGUGCCCCUGUUGAAGAGGCCUCGCCCUCUGAAGUUGCAUUGCGCUUUGACCGGCUUUGGCAGGCUGAUGCUUUUGCACAAGCCCUCUCUGUGGGCGAUUCAAACCGAGCCUGGUACCUUUUGUCUCAAACGGCUGAACAGGCCCUGUGCCCGACGGCCAAUGCCUCAUCUGUGUUCCCACGCUGCGAGCCGUGUGUUCAGGGCCUUCGCCGUCUAAGCAAUCGCCUUCGAGAGCUCAUCAGAACUCCCCGUCGCGAAGAAGAGGCCUCAAGUGAGGUCCAAGCCCUCCUUGAAAAGUACCAGGCCCAGGAGCGUGCUGCUGCCAUCACCUCAUGGCGUCGUCAAGUGCAGAUGUCCAGUAGCCGCCAAAUUUCUUGGGUUAAGGCUAGAGCUGAACAAGCAUGUGCCAUUGAACAAGCCCCGGCUUCGCUUCAUAAGGCCAUCUCUGCAAUCCACCCAACAGCGAUCAUCAAGCAUCAAGGGCAGGCCUGGACUAAGUUGUGGACCGCUGACCCGGAGGCGACUUUCGACGCACCUGUCAUGCGAGACAUCGUGCAGGCUGUGCCCCAACGUGAAGCCUGGUCUGACAUCAUUGAGUUGACAUCCGAAGACCUCCAGGCCUGUGCGCGGCGCAUGGCCCGGAAAGCCGUCACCGCAACAAGGCCGAUAGGCCUCCUGCAGACAGCCUGGAGGCUGGGGGCAAAGGCUUUAUGCACACGCCUCAAGCCGUGGAUCAACACGUGGGUCUCGCAUGCUGCAUUUGGCGCCGCGCCGGGGUUCUCGGCUGCAGAUGCCCAUUACCGCAUCUACGGGGCUCUGAAACGGCGGGUUAAGGGCUUCGUGGUCCAAGAUCUCAAGGGAUUUUUCGAUCACUUACACCUUGACUCCAUCACGCCUCUGCUGUCGAGGCUAGGAGCCCCGCCGAGCUUACUGAUGCUGCUGCAGUCCUUCUACAAGGGAGGGCAGCGGCUCUUCAAGGCACAGGGCUAUGUUGCCUCUGCUUGGGUCCCUGUCAGCAGGGGGUUGGUUCAGGGCGAUCCGCUGUCGCCUUUGCUCGCUUUGGUCGUGGGCCAUUUCUGGGCAAUGGGUGCAGGUUUCGGCUCACCCCUCAAGCUUUCCCUUGACAAGGUGGUUUGGCGACUCAGGUACCUUAAACUCCUCCCGGUGCCCCUUAAGCGCAAGACCCAGCUCCUUUGGACCCUAGCCUACUCUAGUGUCUACUGGUGUGCUGGCGUCGCGGCUCCGGCCCCUGAGGUCUUUGGCUUGCUUCGGCACGAAGCUUUAGCCAUUUUCAACAGUAGUUUUCCCCCUGAGGUGCCUCAGUUCCUAAAGCACACCCUCUUAGGAUGGAACACCGACCCCGACUUUCUCUUGCAGUACACUGCUCUCCGUAAAGCCGCCAAACUUGUUACCCACCGGCCGGCCUGGCUGGACGAGGUACCUUUGACUGAAGGUGUGGACCCCUGGACCGUCCAGCUGCCGACUGCACAACUUGCUUUGGAGCAACUUGGCUGGCAAGCACUGCCACAAGGUGCGGGCAUCCAGAGGCUUGACAGCACAGGCACCUGGCGCCAACUGUGGUUUGGCUUUGACAGUUUCAAAACACUGCGACACUGGCUUGAGGACCGCGCUGCUGAAAGACUGUUUUCACCGGCACACGAUGUCUACCCACCGGCCCCUGCGGCUGUUACUGAUGAUGGCGAGGCUUUUGCUCAGGCCCUCAAGCUGCACUUGCAAACGUCAGGUUCGCAGGGUGUUUUUGUGGCUACUGACGGUUCAUCAUGCGAAGAUGUCGGAGGGUCGGCAGCUGUGCUUUUGUCUGGCAGCACCCACCUUUCUUUUGGCAUUGAUGAUGACAGCGAGGACCAAACCAGUUUUCGUGCUGAGGUGCUGGCCCUGAGAUUUGUGGCUCAGACUUUGCAGCUUUGUGCCCUGGCAGGUUCCUGUGGGACCCUCUACGUUUUGAGUGACUGUCAGGCUGCUCUGCAAGCUCUCAAAAAUCCAGCUUCGUCGAGUUUGCCGCUUUUGGCCACUCAGACGGCUGAUGCCUUUGCGCAUGCUCAGAACCUCGGGCUCACAGUUCACUUGAAAUGGUGCCCUGCACAUGGACGAAGUGAGGAGUGGAAACCUGAUUUCCCUCUUACUGCGCCUGCCUGCAGAGCCCUCAACGAGAGUGCUGAUGCCAAGGCCAAGGAGGUGAUGCAUCUGCGCCGCCGUGGUUCUGCCCGGGCCCUUUGGCACAACAAACAUGCCGAAGUUUCGGCUUGGAGCACUGGUGCAAUCAAGCUUUCGGCGUGUGCCGGUGAUGCGUAUGCAGCCGCUCUGACCAAUCGGAAGGUGGCCCGUCUGCAACUGCUCUACGACGAUGAGGACGAUGCCGAAGGCCAUCUUUAG